CCUUCAACAGUGGAGGUCAUUGCUGCAUGGUUACUGUUAUUGUUAUUGUUUAUGUAACACGCGUGUACUCUUAAGAGACGAUCAUAACUUCUUUUAGUUCCCGGUCAGUGAUUUGUGAUCAAAAAAGUUUUAUCAGUAUAAAUAUAUUAUUUUUUUUUGACAUACAAAUGUCAUUGAGGGACUUGAGUCUGAUCCUGCUCUUGAUAUUCCUGGUUUUUCAGGGAUCACGUGCAGACACACGUUAUCUUGUAAGGCAAAAUGACAGUAAUGAUAAAAAAAAUACGUCGGAUAUAAAUUUUUUUGGAGCUACCAGGAAGGAUGGGCAUGAAAAAUCACGGGCUAUUUUUCAUGAUGAUGAGUCAAUGAUCCGAGAUACGCUGAAAGCGAAUCACGAUAGGAGAAACUCGUUUGUUGAGACUUCUACCUUCGAUCCGGACGUGCUAAACAAGUUUCUUGAUGAAUAUGCCAGUAAAAUAAAAAGUUCGACUGAUAAGAAUUAUGGGUAUCUGCAUCACUCAAUUAAACCAACUGAAUUGUCACUGGAAAUUGGUGAUGAUAGUUCUGAAGUUUCAACUGCUACUGAAGAUACGGUAACCAUCCAUGGAACUACUGAUGCACUUGAUAACUCACAGAUUUUCAAUGACACAUCGGAAAGAAACAAAUUUUUCAAUGGAAAUCAGAACGACGAUCGAGAUAGUAGUGGUUGGGUAACUCUAGAAGCGAUUCCAUGGUCAAAAAGUAAAAUAUCAAAAUGGCAAGCAAAUACAAAUUCACAACGUCCAUGGCAAGAAACAAAUAAAUGGGACAAACCGAGCAGUGUAGUAAAACCCUGGACACCAGAUUACGUAUCUUCACGACCUCAUUACUCUAACAACAAACCAUGGUAUGAUAAACCAAAACCAAAUUGGCCAGAAUACGAAACCGAACAGUUAAAACCAACAUACCGACCAUACCCGAAUGAUCAUUACGAACCAAGUUCAACUCAAGCUCAAAAAUGGCCUCCAGAACGACCAUCCUCGUCGUAUGACAACAAUCAUCACCCAAUCAUCGGUGACAUUAUUACCGACAACAGACCAUCAAAUUUCCCAACAAGUAAUUGGGACAAAUAUGAUCAACUACCAAAACCAUCGGGUGUCUCUUCAUCACCUUACAAUGAUCGUUACCAUGACCAAUACAAUCAUGAAGAAAACAACAACAAUUGGCCUGGACCGAAUUACCACAAGAAUAAAUACGACCAAUUGAAUGAAAAACCAGGUUUUUCACGACCCCACAAACCCUCAUACUUUACGGGUCAAUACGAGUAUGAGAAUCAUCAUCCACCGACAUAUCCGUCGAGUGGUGACGGUCAGUGGGUGUUGUUAUCAACAAAUCGCGGUUACUCGCGUCAAAGAUCAUUGAAAUUUGAUUCACUGGACGAAGCUAUUAAAUCAGCAAACGGAACCACACGUAAAGUAUCUAAAGAUACAUCGGACCCAGAUGACUCUGUAGUACCUGUGAUGACAUCUAAACGACAGGUAAGAUUGACUGUCCUGCCUUCCCUUAAUGGCAACAACACAACAACGUCGCAUGGAGGACUACUUGAGGUUGAGAAAACAUUUAAGACUGUUGACGAAAGCCAAAAAGAGUUUGCCGCUGCCGAAAAAUUGUCUGUUCUUAUAAAAAAACCAUUAAGAAGGCAGACUGUCAGUAGACCCUCUAAUGCUGCGGUACUUGCGGCCGUUGGUGCUGGCAUGUUACCUGCUACCAUGGGUAUGAUGCUGCCAAUUAUGCUGGGAAGAAAAAAACGAUCAAGUGUCCUUUCAGUUUAUGUGGAUGACGUAAGAUAUCGAGUUGCUGCGGGAUAAUUUAUUCAAGAUGUCUGGGUCCAGAUUAAAUAUUUUAUGGGAGUAGAAAUUAUUCUUGUAGUCAGCAAUUAUUGUCUGGAUUAUUUAAUUAUUUAUUUAUUAUUUAUAGCUGUUGUUAUAUAUUUAUAUAAAUGAUAUUUAUUUAUUCAAUAGUUAAUAUAUUUUUUUGUAUGCAAG